AUGCCAAGCAAUGUGUUCCAAGCCAAGAUGAGGCUACAAGGCUUAAGACGGAAGUUAACAAAGGAUGUAGUCUAUCACGAACAUUACACCAAGGUAAUGGAUGCUCUCAUCAAGAAUGAGUAUUCAGAGUAUGUACCAGAACCCAUGGACUACAAAAAAACAGUCUGGUACAUUCCACAUCACGGCGUUCAACAACCGAACAAAUUGAGAGACGUCUUUGACUGUAGUGUUCAGUAUAAAGGAGAAUCGUUGAACGAACAUUUGAUGACAGGACCGGAAAUGACAAAUGCACUGGCUGGCGUCUUGUGCAGAUUCCGGAUGGAAAGGCCAGCCUUCAUGUGUGAUGUGUGGUGGCCUGAUGGUGAUUACCAGCAACCAGUUCAUCACUAUAGAAGGAAGGCACACUUGUUUGGUGCUGCCUCAUCACCAGGGUGUGCGAAUUAUGGACGAAAGAAAACUGUAACUGACCACAAAGACAAGUGUGUAGCUGCAGCAAACUUCGUACACAGUGACUUAUACGUGGUCCAUGGUUUGAUCUCUGUUCCCAAAUCAGCAGAGGCAGUCGACUUGAUGACACAGACUAGAGUGCUCUGCAAGGAAGGAAAACUGCACCUGCACAAGAUUGUUUCCAACUCAAGAGAGGUAAUGCAGGCAGUGCCUAUGGAAGAACGAGCCAAGUGUGUGAAAGAACUCAAUCUACUACACGAUGAGCUGACGAUUGAACGAGCCAUAGGUCUGCAGUGGUGCAUAGAAUCAGAUUCCUUCAACUUUCGCAUCACAUUUGCUGACAAGCCAUGCACCGGAAGAGGAGUGCUUUCAACAGUCAUGUCACUCUACGAUCCUCUUGGACUGAUUGCUCCAGUGACAUUGAGAGGCAUACAGAGUGUUCAGGAAUUGUGCAGAGAAGGUGCUGACUGGGAUGAUCCACUGACAGACAAGAUGAAAAUGGAAAGGGGAGUUUUACGGGUUGGAGGACGAUUAAAGCGAGCAGAGGGUUCAUUUGAUGAGCCGACUCAUCUAGUACCGCUAACUCCAGAUCACCUGUUGACUCAGAAAUCAAGGGUGAUAUUACCGCCGCCAGGUAACUUUCCACGAAAAGAUGUGUACGCCAAGAAACGAUGGAGAAGAGUACAACACCUAGCCAAGAAGUUCUGGUCUCGAUGGAGGAAAGAAUUCCUGAGCCAACUACAGUCAUGGCAGAAAUGGACGAAGCCACAGCGCAACAUGAAGUUAGACGACAUCGUGCCGACGAAGAACGAUAACAUUCCUAGAAACUCGUGGCCGCUGAGAAGAAUCGCUCAAGUGUUCGCGUCUGACGAUGGCCAUGUCCGCAAGGUGAAGAUCACAGUGGGUGAUCCAGAACUGAAUAGACAGGGAAAGCGAAACUCUCCACUGUCUAUUACCUUGACCGCCCAAUUCACAAAUUGGUUUUAUUAGUACCGCAAGAAGACCAAGUGUAAUUCCCAGCCAAGGAGCCAAGAACAUUUAUAGUAACAAACAAGGGAAUUUACAUUUUAACAGUUUAAGUAUGAGAUGUGGAACUCAUUUAAAUGACCUCAUUUGAACUCUAAGGAACCGGAGGUUUAUGGAACUUUUGUUUAUGGCAGAAAGUCAUUAUCUAGACAUUUAUGGAUUUUGUAAAGACUAAUUAUAUUGAAUUUAGGGUCUGAGUAAAAGACUAGCACAGAGAAGAAUAUUUAUUCAUAGAGUCUAAAAGCAAGACUAACUUUAUCUUCAUUAUAUGAUGGACAAUUUGAUUUUUGAAGAAGACAAAUUUAUUUGGUAAAGUCUGAAACUGAGUCUAGUAACAAAUUUGUAGGAAAGGACUGAAGCAAGACUAGUCGAGUAUUAUUGGUCAAGUCUAAAGUCAGAGUCGCUCGUAAGAAACAAAAGGCAGUUAUUCUUUUGGGAAUUCUCUAUGUACAAGAUGUUAUGUGAACAAGUAUGUUCAAUUUAUAGCACCAGGGGAAUGCCGCAAAAUUGGCUGGAAAAAAUUGUUCAUUUCUUUGGUUGUUUAAAAUAACAGACUUUUUCUGUAUGAAAAUAGCUGGGGUUUUCCUGGUAGAAACUGUUUGUUAGCAAUGAUUUAGGGAAUCAUUUUUGGACGAGUCCGAGUUCCAUGCAUGCUAUAAAUAGAUCAUUUGACUGAUAUUGUAGAAUUUAUAUUGCAUGUAUAUUGACGUUCUUAUGCCUUGCUAGGUACUUAGGUAUUUAGAUAGAAUUGCAUAUAUGCUUGCUUAUUGUAAUGGUAGUAUAGUGACAAAGUUUUACAAGCUAUACAUUAGAUUUGAAAUGGUUUAAUAGUGUAUGACGUAAAUCAUCCACUUUAUGAUUAUAGCACUUAGUCCGCUAAACAGAAACUUAAAGGCACAUUAUAGUUCGAUAACGAAGAAGGAGGAAUGUGAGCAUACUUGUGUGAAUGACAGGUCAAGGUCAUGACUUUGUUAUUGUAUUCCUUGACUAUGAUAAAGUCAUUCAAGCUCGUUAAAUAUGGUUACAUUUUUAGUUGAAACCGUGUUAAAUCUGGUUUAGACAUGAUAGAGAUGAUAUAAGUUUAAUUGUGUGUUAGCUGUGACAUUCUACAUAAAGUUCAGAUAGAUUUGUCAAGACAGUGUCUGACUUAUAUAAGAUUUACAAGCAAACAUGAAAAGGAGUUAUAAUUCAGACAAUGUCUUUGAUUUAGUAGAAUGCUAUAUCUGCUUUAAUAUUGUGGAACUUAUAUUCAUGAACACAUACUUAUUAUGCAUUCCUGUUAUGCUUUAUCAUGUACAGUUUUCACGGAGUGAAGGGAAGAAGAACGGAAUAAAGCAGUUGAAGGAGUAAAGAUAAAAGAUUCGUUCAUCAAAGACAGAGUUGCAUUCCCCUCGAUGGUUAUGACUCUAAAAUAAACUGACACUCCCGUAAAAA